AUGAACAGCACCAGCUCCGCCUUCCCUGGAUCUUUGGCUGCCACCCAAUUUGAAAGUACCAAUGCUCGUCAUGCCUUUCCAUGCUAUGAUGAACCAGCCAAACGGGCCACAUUCAGCGUUACCAUCAACCACAAUCCCACAUACACAGCACUUUCGAAUAUGCCCAAGAAUGAGGCAGAAUCUAGUAACGGCAAAACAGUCUUCCAGUCUACCACAAACAUGCCCACCUAUUUGAUUGCCUUCAUUGUGUCAGAUUUUAAAUAUAGCGAGGGCACAUUUUAUGGUCUCAAGCAAAGAGUCUAUUCUCGUCCCGGUUCUGAAGAUGAACAGGAAUGGGGUCUAUUAUCGGGAAUGUUGAUUACGCAACGUUUGGCCGACUACUAUGGUAUUGAUUUUAUGCUGCCCAAAUUGGAUCAAGCGGCAAUUCCCAACAAAGGAGGUGCUAUGGAAAAUUGGGGAAUGGCCACAUAUGCAGAGAAUUAUAUGCUCUACAACAAGGAGAACUCGACGAUUUAUACACAGACAAAUAUUGCCAACAUUAUUGGCCAUGAAAUAUGCCAUCAAUGGUUUGGUGACUAUGUCACCGUUGAAUGGUGGACUUAUCUUUGGUUGAAGGAGGGUUUCGCUGAGCUGUUCUCCUUCAAAGCAACGGAUGAUGCUUAUCCCGAAUGGGGUAUAUGGCAACAAUUCCACACAGACGAUUAUCAAACGGCUUUGGUAAAUGAUGCUGGAAAUAAUCCCACCCCCAUGACUCACUAUGUCCAGACUCCUGCUGAAAUCUCCAGCCGUUAUAAUCAUGUGUCCUAUUCCAAAGCUGGUUCAGUUCUGCACAUGUGGAAUCAUGCUUUAACCGAUAAAAUUUUCCAACGAGGUCUUCACAAUUAUUUGGAUGCUAAUAAAUUUGGAGCUGCCGUAGAAAAUCAAUUAUUCCAGGCCCUUCAAAACGCUAUCAACUCUGAAAGCUUUAAAAUUCCAGCAUCCAUUGCUGAAAUGUUGGGAACGUGGUCGCACAAUGGGGGCUACCCUCUGCUUACGGUAACCCGCAAUUACGAUGAUGGUAGUUUUGAUGUUCACCAAAAGGCUUUCUUCAAUAACGAGACCAUACAGUCGGAUAAUCUGUGGUAUAUACCCUUCAACUAUGCUGUCAAAUCGAAACCAGAUUUCCGAGACACCCAGGCCUCCCACUACAUCCCUAACGUAGGCAAUACUAAAGUGAAUGAGAAGAUUUCGAAUGAUGAUUGGCUGAUACUCAAUAAACAAUCCACCGGUUUCUAUCGCAUCAACUAUGACGAACGCAAUUGGAGGCUGAUAAUUGAGGGACUCAUCAGCAAGCCCUACCAAAUUGAUGUCAGAAAUCGCGCCCAGCUAAUGCAUGAUGCCUAUCGUUUCAGCUCCUCCAAGCGUUUGUCACACUCCAUUCUCAUGGAAAUGCUAACCUAUUUGAGUAAGGAGGAUCAAUAUGCUCCUUGGUCCACCGCCAAUGGCAUUAUCAAUGUCUACAAUCGCUAUUUGAAUGGUCAUGGGGAUUACAAGAAUUUCCAGGAAUUCAUUUCCCAGGUUACCCAACCCACUUAUGAGAAAUUUGGCAUUAACGAUGUACCCGGAGAACAUCACUAUGUGAAAUACACCCGCAAUGUGGUCAUCAAUUUGGCUUGCGUGGCCAACAAUGAGCAAUGUCUGAAGGAGACCAAUGCCAAACUCCAAGAGCACAUUGAUCACAAGAGAGUCAUUGAACCCAAUGUAAAAUCGCAAAUCUUUUGUCAUGGCCUGCGACAAACCAGCGAUAAGAUAUUCGACCAUGUCUUCGACAAACUAAUGGAUUCGGCCGAUCAAACAGAGCGCAACCUGAUGAUCUCCUCAAUGGGUUGUGCCCAACAGGAAAGUCACCUGGCCAAAUUUGUUAGCAGUUCCACCGAUGGCAACAAUAAAUUGCGUAGCCAAGAGCGUACCACAAUCCUUAGUUCGGCCUAUACACGAGGACAGAAAGGUCUUAAUGCCGCCAUUGAUUUUCUGGAUAAGGAGUGGCAAGCCUAUGCUCAGUUGAGUAGUGCUACGGGUAGAACCAAUCCUUUAGAUAUUGCGCUGCGCGAUAUGUCCUCGUAUGUGGUCAGCAAGGAACAGGAGACAAAGUUUAUGGCUCUUAUCGAUAAAGUGAAGGGCAGUUCCUAUGUCAGCACUGACUUGGAGUUGGUAGUGAAAUCCAGAAUAGUAGAUAACUUUGAUUGGCUUAAGCAGCAUGGUGAUCCCAUAAUGUCAUGGUUGAGCACCUACCGUAGUGGAGCUAGUGCCACAGUGAAGGUGUCUACCAUUUCCAUAAUUGUGACAUUGUUAAUGGCGCUACAUCGUAUGUUUUAAA